AUGAUAAUUACAGAGAAGCCCCUGAUUAGUUCACAUGUUUCAAUGCAAUCCUUUCCAGUGCUUAGCUGCUGUCAAAGAAGAUCUCCUCUGGCCUUUCUGCCGCUGAGGAUGUUAUCGUCGUCUUCAUCAAACCCUAACCCUAGCUCUAACUCACUCUACGCCACCAUGAACCCUAAUCCCGAUUCUUCAUCACCAUCAUCUUCGAUGAAAAACCCUAAUCUUGUUCCACUAUUUACUAGUCCACGGAUCCCUCACAUCAAUUGUAAAGGUUUAUCUCAAGGCGUUACAAUCUCCAAUGGCUUUUCUUCCUCUUCUUCCUCCGUCGCGGCCAAUCCAGCUUCCGUUUCCGGAAUCGAUGAAUCAGGAGACGCGGAGGAGCUUCAACUUGUGGUGGUGUCCUUUUACAAGUUUGCUGAUUUUCCUGACCAUGCCGAUCUCCGUAAACCCUUGAAAGACCUAUGCGAAAAUCUGUACAUUUCAGGUGGUAUCAUUCUCGCUCCAGAGGGAAUCAAUGGCAGCAUAUGUGGCAUCCGGAAAUCAGUUGAAAAAGUUCUUGAGUUCAUUCAGUCUGAUAAUCGCUUAAAAGGUCUUCGACAAAUAGAGUCUCCUGUAAGUCCUGAAGAAGAAGCUAUCCACCAUGGACACACAAGCAGUUCUCCACUAGCUGCAGGAGAAGAUGCGCCAUUCAGAUGGGAUCAUGUGAGAGUAAAGCUCAAAAAAGAGAUCGUUUCUCUUGGAAUGCCAUCAGUAUCACCUACUGAAAAAGUUGGGAAGUAUGUCACCCCAAAUGAAUGGAAUUCAUUGAUCACUGAUCCAGAUACAGUUGUCAUUGAUGUGCGAAAUGACUAUGAAACAAGAAUUGGCAAAUUUAAAGGAGCAGUAGAUCCACGCACCAUAGCUUUCAGGGAAUUCCCAUCUUGGGUGGAUGAUGAAUUCCAACUUUCAUCAUCAGAAUCCCAAGUGGAAGGACAAAAAUGUCCACCACCACGUGUUGCAAUGUAUUGUACAGGUGGCAUUCGAUGUGAAAAAGCUUCAAGUUUCUUAUUAAACAAAGGUUUUAAAGAGGUGUAUCAUUUAGAAGGUGGGAUACUGAAAUACUUAGAGGAAAUCCCAAAAACAGAGUCUUUAUGGGAAGGGGAGUGUUUUGUGUUUGACAAAAGAGUGUCUGUAAAACAUGAAUUGGUGCCUGGAAACUUCAAGCUUUGUUAUGGCUGCAAGAAACCGGUGAGUGAUGCUGACAUGGAAUCUCCAGAAUGGGAAUACGGGGUUACGUGUCCGUAUUGUUAUGCUUCAAAAUCCGAGGAAGAAAAAGAGAGGGCAAGAGCACGACAAAGGCAAUUUGAAACAUGGGGUGUGAUUGGUGGGCCUGAUAAAGGUCGUAAGCCAGUAAAAGUAAAAACAACAAAUACUGUCAGACUGGAUUAGACUGGACUGAACAGGACCCAGGACAGGACAAGAAUGGGCUAUUUUGUAAUGAUGAUGAGAAUGAGGAGGGGAUUUUGCGACUAUUACAAAGAUAAGAGAUUAAGAACAAUUGACACUAGUUAGUGUCACAAGCCUACAUGUUUUUUGUGACAAUGAUGCUCUCUUUAGUGUUGUGAACUUGCUACUAUUUGUUG